AUGAUUCAGCUGAUUCAUAUGAUUCCAGAUCAAGGAGGAGGAAAAAGAGCUAUCGUUCAAGUUCUAGGAGUAGAAGCAGGAAAUCAAUAUCAGUGCAAAUCCUAUGAGAAAGUCAGAAAGAAACUGAUGUUAUUGGAGGCUCCUAAUGUGCUUACUAUUUCAUUGAAGAGAUUUCAUUGUGUUAAAUUUGGGAAGCUGAACAAAUCGGUUGAGUUCCCAGAGAUUUUAGACAUGGCUCCAUAUGUUAGUGGGUCAAGUGAUAAGUCGCCAGUUUACAGGCUUUAUGGGGUGGUGGUUCAUGUAGAUACAAUGAAUGAUGCCUUUUCUGGUCAUUAUGUUUGCUAUGUUAAGAAUCAUCACAAUCAAUGGUUCAAAUUUAACGACACCAUGGUGAACGAGGUGGAUCUUCAACAUGUAUUAACAAAAGGCGCAUACAUGCUCUUUUAUGCAAGAUGCUCCCCACGGACCCCACGAUCAAUACGCAGCUCAAUAAUCCAGCAUCAAGAUGCACGAAAACACAAAACAUUCGUUCACUCCACUGAACCUUGGCAGGCUUGCAAUUACCAGCCGACUUCUUAUCUUGGUUACCGAUACCGGAGUCUGGAGUAGGAAUCUUCCUCCUCCAGUGACAACUCGGGGUUCUUCUCAGACUCAUGUUCUUGCAGCACAGAUAACAGCACCCAAAAGGA